GACGCGUCCAGACACCUUUUCCUUCACCAUCAAUGGCAAGACCUUGAAGGCCAAGGUACGGGAGCAACCUGACGGCUCCCUCUAUGUGAGCCUAGGCAACAUCAGUCAGCAGGUGAAGGGGCAGGAAGAAGCCUUGGGGCUGCGACUGAUCAUUGGUGCACAAACCAUCAUGGUGCCCACGGUCUACGAUCCAUCGGAGCUGCGUUCAGAUGUGAAUGGCAAAGUGGUACGCUACUUGCAUGAUGAGGGAACUGAGAUUGCGAAAGGUGAUGCAUAUAUCGAGCUGGAGGCCAUGAAGAUGAUCAUGGCCCUGAAGUCCCCCGAGGCUGGUAAGGUCUCCCACGCCCUUUCCGCCGGCUCCAUCGUGUCGGCCGGGGAGUUGUUGGCCAGGUUGGAGUUGAAAGAUCCGUCCAAGGUGAAGAAGAUCUUGCCCUUUGAAGGUGAGUUCACCAUUGGCGCGCCCAUGGAACAGGACAUUGAGGUGCCACGCGCUGAGCUCCUGUCCUUGUUGGAUGGCUACUGCACGGAAGCGAAGGGUCCUCUGAUUGUGGAGCGCAUGUUCGCAGGCUUCGCCAACCGGGAGGCAGCAGCAGAAACUGUCCGCGGCGUGCUAGAGAAGUACCUCUCCAACGAGCGGCCCUUUGCAGCCUCCAUCC